AGGAAGGAUAUAUCUCUAAAAAAAUUUGAAAGUCAAAUACUGAUUACACCGACAUCAAGCGAUGUUAAGCUAAUGAAUUAUACAUUCUGUUUUGCAGAAAAUGUCAGAGAAUCUCGAAGAAUACGACGAAGGACAAAGCGGCUCAAAAUACCCGAGUUUUUUGACAAAAAUAACAAGAACCAAACCCGACCUUUCACGUUUGUCAGAGGGUUCUUUCAGAAGAAUUUUAUCAACUAUGGAUUUGACACUCUUGGGAGCGGGUACAGCAAUUGGUAUUGGUGUAUACAUCAUAAUUCCAAAGCUUGUAAGAGAUGUUGCAGCGCCUGCUGUCAUUUUAUCCGUCAUUGUGACUUCUUUAUCCUUUUUAUUAUCCGGGAUAUGUUACGCCGAGUUCAGCUCAAGGAUUCCAAAGUGUGGCUCAGCCUACGUUUAUUGUUAUGCAGCUCUUGGUGAGAUUUGGGCUUUCAUCGUGGGCUGGACAAUGAUUUUAGAAUAUGUGAUCGUAACAGCAGUAUUAGCAAGAACAUGUAGCGAGUACAUUGAUUACAUAUUCGGAGGAAGGGCUUACCAGUUUUUUAAAGACGAGGUGGCAACUUGGAAUGAUCCUUUUCUGGCUCCAUUUCCAGAUUUUCUUGCAUUCGUUCUACCAAUAGCCGUGACUUGUAUCAUUGCUGUGGGAAUGCGAUGGGCCAUAUUCUUCAACCACACCAUGUUAGCUUUCAGUUCUGCAAUAUUAAUCCUACUUCUUGUCAUCAGUCUUUUUUUUGCAAAACCAGAUAACUGGACACACAAUAAAGCUGUGCCAUAUGGUGCCCAUGACAUUUUGAGAGCCGCUGCUAAGAGCUACUUCACCUUCAUUAGCCUGGAUGCCAUAUCUUCUGCAAGCCAAGAGAUAAAAAGACCAGGGUCAUCGGUUCCCCUAGUUGCAAUCUUAACAGUUACUUUAAUAACAAUAAUGUAUUGCGGAACUACUGUUAUCUUCACCUUGGCAAUACCUUUCGAUGAAAAGAGCGGUUUCGCGCCCCUCGCUAAGAUCUUUCGCGUUAUUCCAGGGGCUGACUAUGCCGUUGCUAUUGGAGCAAUUUCAGCAACAUCACAUGGUUUGAUCUCGUGUUCGCUGGCGGCACCUCGCGUUUUCUGCACUAUGGUUUUUGAUGGCCUUCUGUUUGGCUUUGCUUGUAUUGAUGAAAUAUCCAGUCCCUUAACAACAAUUUCCAUUGUCCAUGGUGUGUUCAGUGGAUGCUUGGCAUCUUUGUUCUCCACAGAACAUUUGAUUGAGCUUCUCUCAAUUGGCACCCUCUUGGCUUACACCUUGGUUGCUAUUUCGAUCUUAUUAGCACGUUACCAGCCUGGUGUGGAAAGUCAAGUGUACGGGAAAGCAGCUAAGCUUGAACGAACAAACGAGUGGCUGAAGUCAAUCACAUUGGAAUCACGAUAUCCACCUCCAUUCUUCGAUCAAUCAGAACUUGAGAAAAGUGACAUCCAAAAAAGUAACACUAGGAAAAAGCCUAACACGAUGACACGUGAUAAUGCCACCUUUGCUGUAUUUUUAUUGGUUCUCAGUCUUUCAUGCCUCGCCGCUGUCCUCAUGACUAUGUCAAAUGGCAUCCUAAAGGCGGAGAGCUGGGCAUUCUUUGCUGCUGGCAUGAGUGGAGUUUUUAUAGUUGCUGCUGUCAUAUUCCUAACACGACAGCCUAAGAACCAUGCAGAGUUUCCUAUCAUGGUGCCGUGUUCUCCCUGGCUACCAAUCAUCACCAUUUUUGUCAAUAUCCUUCUGAUCUCCGGGUUGGAUUAUUUGUCUUUUGUACGAUUUGGCGCGUGGCUAAUUCCAGGAAUGAUUAUCUACACUUUAUAUGGAUACAGACGAAGCAAAGAGGCGCUCAAACCGAAGAAAUCAACCGAGGGUGAUUUUAUUUUGUUCGAAAAUCCUGACGUGGAUGCAAGCUUCAAAUACAUUCAACCAAAAAGAAAACGUGACAAGCAACAAAGCGGGAACUGACGAAUUUGUGGGAAAUUUAAGAGGCGUAUGGGGCGGGUAGGGCGCGUGCGGGCCGGACGUGCAGUGAUAGCUGAUCUAAAUCGAAUCUGAUAGACCUCCACAUGCAUGAGUUGAUGUGUGACGAGCUUUGUACAAAGGAAAAAUCACUGUGGGUCGACUGAGCCCCAAAUCCUCCAUUCUAGACGUCUAUCCCGGAG